CUCGCUACCUACGGUAUCCGUUCGUGGUACGACCGUUCAAGCGACAGUCCUCUAAUCUACCUUGGCUACCCAUUGUCAUCCACGCCCCGUCAACGCGACCACUUCUUCACCGCCAUCCUUCAAAAAGUGGAGAAAGCCUGCCAGCUUCAAUCGCAACGGAUACUUUCGGUUCGAGGUCGAGCCACGGCAUUAAAUGUGUUGAUUCUAUCCACUUUGUGGCAUGUUCUACGUGUGUGCCCAGUACCAAAUUCCUUCAUGGAUCGGCUCCGAUGUCUUAGUCAUGGUUUCUUGACCAAGGGGAUGUCUCCUAGAGUUUCGUAU